GUUACUGCUACUGCUGCACCUUAUAUAUAAAUAGGCUUUUUUUUAAUGUAUAUACUUAUUUUCUUUUCUUUUUCUUAUAUCUAUAGUUUAUACAAUGAAGGAUACCUCUUAUGUUCUCAAUAAUGAAAGCGGCUACGCUACCAAUGUUUUUGCUGAAAAGGAAAAUUGGUUCCUUCCUAAAGAAUUGGUCAAAAAUGAAGUUAACUGGUUUUAUACCAAUUUGAAUAUCGAUGAUUAUUAUUUCGCUCUUGAAAGCAUCCUUGCUUAUACUAAGAAUGAAAAUGUCUUGGAUGUUAAUCUCGAAAAGGAAAGUGAAGAUUCUGCUGUCUACAUUCAUUCUUCUGAACCUGGUGUCUCUCAACUUAAUGGACCUGAAAUUGAGAAAACAAUCGAUGAAAAGUUCUUGGAUAACUCUACUUCCUCUCAAGCAUAUCGUCUGAAUCUUACCAACCUGCAACAGAAGCCAAGAAUGAACAAUCUGAAACAGUUGACAUUAGACAAGUCGCUGAUAAAAACUUUUUUGCGAAAGGCAACUGAUUAUACCUUAAACCUUUAUCAAGAUGUCAUGCAAACUGUUCUUCAACGUACCGGUCCUGUCAUUGAGAUGUAUGAGGGAAGGUACAAAGGGUUUUUCUCUGCUAUUUCUGAUUUGUAUCACUAUUACGACUUAUAUUCUACACGCAAAUAUGUCGAACAAUUUUCAAAUGGUGUGACUAUUAUUGGAUUGUACUUACAUCCUGUACCUCAAUCAAAGGCAGCACCUAUUGAACAUACUAUCUAUCAAGUCAUGAAAGAAGCUUCCCUUCUCUAUUGUCUUCCUAAAACACCUCUUCAACAUUAUUUCAAAACAAAUAAGCUUUCAGUUCAAGAGAUGGUCUAUAGCUACGUUGGUUGGAUCUUUGCUCAACAUUUCCUCAACAGAUUAGGUAAAGAAUAUCUUAGUUUGACCUCUAUCUUGAAUCGUAGCAAUCCUAUGCAUGAGGAAGUUCUCUCUAAAUUGAAAAAACGUCUUCGUCAAGAUACCUUUACUCGUGAUUAUAUCCUCGACAUCAUCAUGAGUUACCCUGAACUCCUCAAGAUCCUCUAUGCUAACUUUGCCACGACUCACUAUGUGAAUCAACGUGAGGCCUCAUUACAACCUACCAUCUCCUAUCAACGUUUGACCAACAUGGAGGUCCUUUCCGUUGAUGAUAUCAGUAAACGUAUCAAGUCCGUCACCAGUAACGCUCAUGAACAGCUCGUCUUUGAAUCCUUCCUCACCUUUAACAAACAUAUUCUCAAGACUAACUUUUAUCAAACUACCAAGGUUGCCCUCUCCUUCCGUCUUGACCCUAGUUUCUUGCCCGAGAUCGAGUACCCUCUCCCCCCCUAUGGUAUGUUCUUGAUCGUCGGAUCUGAAUUCCGUGGUUUCCAUAUUCGUUUCAGCGAUGUCGCCCGUGGUGGUAUCCGUAUGAUUCGUUCUCGUAAUCGAGAGGCUUAUUCCAUUAACUUGCGUACUCUCUUUGAUGAAAACUACAACUUGGCCAAUACCCAACACCGUAAGAACAAGGAUAUCCCUGAAGGUGGUUCAAAGGGCACCAUCCUCUUGGAUGUCGAUCAACAAGAUAAACCCCUUGUCGCCUUUGAAAAGUACGUAGACGCUGUCUUGGACCUCUUGAUCGAUGGUGAGACGAUCGGAGUCAAAGAGAAAUUGGUCGAUCUGACAGAGAAACCCGAGAUCUUGUUCCUUGGUCCCGAUGAGGGUACUGCCGAGUACAUGGAUUGGGCCUCUCAACACGCUCGUCGUCGUGGUGCAAGCUUCUGGAAGGCCUUCACGACCGGCAAGAGUCAGUCCUUGGGUGGUAUCCCUCAUGACGUCUAUGGUAUGACAACUCGCUCUGUACAUCAAUACGUCUUGGGUAUCUACCGUACCUUUGGUCUUCAAGAGGAGGAUUGUUUCAAAUUGCAAACAGGGGGUCCUGAUGGUGACUUGGGUUCCAACGAAAUCAAGAUCUCUAAUGACAAAACCAUUGCUGUUGUGGAUGGCUCAGGUGUGCUCUAUGACUCUGAGGGUAUUCAUCGUGAGGAACUUCAACGUCUCGCUAACCGUCGUCUGAUGAUCAAUAAUUUUGAUACAAGCUACUUGUCCUCAAAGGGCUUCCGUGUCCUUGUAGAUGAAGAUAACGUGACAUUACCUGAUGGUACCUUGGUCGAGAAUGGUCUCCAAUUCCGUAACACAUUCCACACCAACCCUCUCGCUCAGGCCACUCUCUUUGUCCCCUGCGGUGGUCGUCCUGAAUCGGUAGGUCUCGAUAACGUACACCUGUUGAUGGGUGAGAAUCAUCCUAGUGGCGCGCCACUUUACAAAUACAUCGUUGAAGGUGCUAAUCUCUUCUUUACUCAAGAGGCUCGUCUUCGUCUCGAGAAGGCCGGUAUCGUCAUCUUCAAGGAUGCCUCUGCUAAUAAGGGCGGUGUCACUUCCUCUUCCCUUGAGGUCCUUGCUGCCCUUGCCUUUAGCGAUGAUGAAUUCGAAAAACACAUGUGUGUGAAGGAUGGCGUCGUUCCUGAAUUUUACCAAUCCUACGUUAAGGAGGUCCAAACGUUUAUUGAACACAAUGCUGCCCUUGAAUUCGAUGCCCUCUGGAGGGAACAUCAACGUACUAAGCAACCUAUCUCUAUCCUCUCUGAUGAACUCUCAACCGCUAUCGUUCAACUUCAAUCUCAAUUACAACAAUCCGGUCUCUGGGAUAACUCUACUUUACGUACUACCUUACUCUUGGAAACAGUCGGUCUUGAAUCCUUGUUGCAACGUGUACCUGAAAGUUAUGUAAAGGCUAUCUUUGGUGCUCAUUUAGCUUCUCAAUUUGUUUACAAGUAUGGCGCUCAUCCUGAUAAUUUUGCUUUCUUUGAAUUCAUGCGUGAAAACUUUUAA